GAGUGACGGACAGAAAUCGCGCGAUGUGAUUGGCUGACGGGAGGGAUUAGCGACGUCCUACACCAACACUUUCGAUUGUCUUCGCUACUACAUUUUUUUCCUAACCAUCCAAGCUCAAAGGCUAUCAGUCCGGUGGAGUCAAGCAUUAAUCUAGAGCGUCCCUAAGGAUUAAACAGCGGUUCAUUUGCCUCCUUUGAUCAGUCGAGUGUCCCAUAGAAACACAGACUUAAGAAAGCGGCAGGAUGGACAGAACAGAGCGGAUCCAGAAGGCGAAGCUGGCUGAGCAGGCCGAGCGUUAUGAUGAUAUGGCGGCCUGUAUGAAGUCGGUGACUGAAGCUGGCACCGAGCUGUCCAACGAGGAGAGAAACCUGUUGUCCGUCGCCUAUAAGAACGUGGUGGGCGCCCGGCGGUCUGCCUGGAGGGUCAUCUCCAGCAUCGAGCAGAAGACCGAAGGAAACGACAAGAAACUGCAGAUGGUGAAGGAGUACCGGGAGAAAGUUGAGUGUGAGCUGCGUGAUAUCUGCAACGAUGUGUUGGAGCUGCUGAACAAAUAUUUAAUUGAGAAUUCCACAAACCCCGAAAGUAAAGUCUUCUACCUGAAGAUGAAGGGCGACUAUUACAGAUACCUUGCUGAAGUUGCCUCAGGAGAUGAUAAGAAAGCAACCAUAGAAAACUCUCAGGAUGCUUACCAGAAAGCAUUUGAUAUUAGCAAGACAGAGAUGCAACCCACACACCCCAUACGCUUGGGUCUGGCCCUUAACUUCUCUGUCUUCUUCUACGAGAUCCUUAACUCUCCAGAAAAGGCCUGUGCCCUCGCUAAACAGGCAUUUGAUGAGGCCAUAGCAGAGCUUGAUACGCUGAACGAAGAGUCCUACAAAGACAGCACUCUUAUCAUGCAGCUACUGAGAGACAACCUCACAUUAUGGACAUCUGACAAUGCACCAGAUGAGGGAGAUGGCGGUGAGGGAGGAGAGAACUAAGACGUGCUCCUGCAGCAAAGAAAACAACCUUUUUACACAUCUCCAUUCCUAAUCACUCCAUGUCAGAAUUCGUCCCAUAAAGAACAAACCCAUAAAUAAUGAAAAGCAGUUAAUUAAAAAAAAUCAUUUAGUCUUUCAGAGUGCAGCUUUUGGACAAGGAAAGCUAUAUUUGGGGGGGACCCUGUUCCUUAGUUUGUUUGUCUUGGCCUUCCAUAAUGUGCAGUUUCUGCUGUAGAGGGGUAUGAGUCAUUUUAUACAAACAUAAUCUUAAAGUAUAGCUAAUGGAAAGUAAAUUAAUGAGUAACUUAAACAUAAGGACAUGCAUUUCAUUACGAAUAAGACUGAGACUAAAACAUAAUUGCAGGGAUAUUAAAAGCAUUUAGAUAACUGUUGUCUUAUACGCCUACUGUAUCUGGUAUUUUAACACUUUGUGUCACCUCAGCACUAUCCAGGGUUGUGCAUUUCCGCUGAAAUCAGUGGACAAUCACGCUUUAGAUGGUUCAAUAUGAAAAAUUAAAAAAAUCUAAAUUGGAGUAUAUUUCACAUUGCAUUGUAGGUUUUUACUUUGAAGCAGUGGUAUGUAGUAUCUGGGCAGUCCUAAGUUUAUAAACCGUUUAAUAUAUUUGUUUUCUUUUUUUUAAUUUUGGCCUGUUUAGUGUUUUCUUUGCUUUAAUUUUAUGGAAAUCAAAAUCAUCCAUAGAAAUGUAAAACAUUUUUAAGAAGACUUAGAGCAUAUUGUAUUUUUGUUCUUUUCUUUUAUUUAGUAAUGCUGUGUUUCAAGUAAAACUGUUCAAUAACCCCACUAGCAUGCAGACCAAUACUGACACAUUAUGUGGCACAGUUUGGUAGUAUGGUUUGGAUUUGACUUUACAUUUAAAUUACCCACUUCGAAAAUUACUGCACAUGAAGCAUGUUAUGAAUAAUAGAAGACCAGGAAUGGUUUGGCUGUCUGAAUGCUGUUGGUUAAUACCGGUAUUGAUGGCAAAUAACAUUGCCUGUGCAAGUCCUGACAGAACACUGGAAUGGAAAUCAAUAUUGCCAAUAUUAAAGUUAAGUACUUUUCAUUGGAAUGUGCACGUGUGUUUGUCCCAAAAGUGUCAUUAUAGAUUGGACCACUAUAAUGUGUUUUGUUUCUCUAUUUUCGUCCCUUUUUGUGUAUGUGAUUUACUUUUCUUAUUUCCCAUAAAUUUUACUCGCACAAAAGCCUUGUGAAAAUGUUUUAUGCCCUAUGUAUGUUAUGUAACAUGCUUAAAAAUGACAUUUUAUAAACCA